AUGUCAACUCCUCCAGGUGGUCAACGUACUUUACAGAAAAGAAGACAAGCUCAAUCAGCUAAGGAUAAACAAUCUAAGGCUACUCCAAGUAACGAAGGUAGUUCCAUCUUUAAAAUCUAUUCUGAAGAAGCCAAUGGUUUGAGAGUUGAUCCUUUGGUUGUUUUAUUUUUAGCUGUUGGUUUCAUCUUUUCUGUAGUUGCUUUACACGUAAUUGCUAAAGUUACCAGCAAAGCUUUUUAA